AUGACGUUCAAGUCGUUGCCAAUGAAAAUCAGAGGCCGCAAGCAAAUUGAGGUUCCCUCGCCUGCAUUUGGCACAUUUACCUUAGAUGCUUGGGAAUCGAAUGGUGAUCCGCAGCAAGCAAUCCAGAUCAUUCGCACAGCUAUUCAAGCGGGAUGUCGUCAUCUUGACUGUGCUUGGGAAUACAAUGCAGAUGUCGAAAUUGGCGAGGCGAUUCGCCAGUCCGGCAUCCCACGCGAAGAGAUAUUCGUCACUCAAAAGCUGUGGGUCAACUUUUGCGCUCCCCAAAAUGUGGAGGUUGCGUUGGACCUGGCGCUCCAGCGGAUGAAGAUCGAUUAUGUUGAUUUAUUCCUCAUCCACCAUCCUGUCGCAGUCAAGCCGACCGGCGAUCUCCGUAAGGCGUGGAUAAACGAAGGGACGACCAUGAGGGACCAAGGCUGUGCAGCUGAUGAUCAGGGUAAUUUCAUUCCAGAUCUGGAACAUUGUCCAGCAGCUGUCGCUGCACUGAAUGGGGGUAAAGGUAGUAUCAUUCCGACAUGGAAUGCGAUGAAGGCCUUAGUCCGAUGUGGGAAAUCCCGAUCGGUUGGAGUUUUGAACUUCGACGUUGAACAUAUGCAAGAGAUCCUCAGUGUUCAGAGUGAUGAUGACGAUGAAGUCCCACUUUCAUGCAACCAGAUUGAAUGCCACCCCUGGUUUCCCAAUCAGCGACUGGUUGACUUCUCACUGGAGCACAACAUCCUGGUCAUGGCGUACAGUCCAUUUGCUUCUAUCAAAUACGAGUAUGGAGUCUUCCCGCCUGAGCCGUUCAAGCCUUAUGGAACGACUCUGUUAAGAGACGAAACAGUCCAACAAAUCGCAACCAAGAACGGCAUGACUGCCACUCAAGUCUUGCUCAGCUGGGCAGCUCAACGAUCUACACUGCCGAUAUUUAGAAGCUGCUCCCCACAGCAUCAACAGGAGAAUCUUGUAUUCAAGGAAUUACCCCAACAGGAUAUGCAAGCCCUGGCAACUUUGGAAUUGGACGGUCGAACUGGAAAGUCUACAGCGAUGAUGUACUUCCCUGAAAUCAAGGUAUAUGAUUGGUAG